AUGGCUUCGGGUGAUGUCGAUGAAGCCCAUGAUAGCAAGGCAGCGUCUCCGCCUGAAGUCGAAGAUCUGCCGGAACCAGGGAAAGACACCGUGGAGACUAGCAAGGAGGUAGCAGAUGACUGGUCAGCUUUGACCGACGAGCACCCCGCAGAUGCCACGAGUAGCUUUCUGCCCGCCAGUGUGGCCGAGUGGCUCCUGGAGCUCCGGGGUCGACGCCCGGGAGACACGCUUCUUUUCCCGGAGCCGCUGAACCUCGGCGACCGUGUCUUCACGUCGGCAUCCGUGGAGCGCGACUUCCGAACUGCCUCCGGAGCUCUGCUGCUCCGGAUGGAUCCAGGCGGUCAUCGUUACAUCGUGAAGUUCGCAGAUGUCAGACAGGAGCAUGCCAUGAUGUCUGCUCUGAUGGAGAUGAACCGACGCUGGAAAGAGCACCAGGUCAGUGUUUGUGGCAGAUCGGUGCAGACUGUCACUUACGAGAUCUACCCCAUCGGAUCUUCUGGCGGGCUGAUUGAGGCAGUCGACGGAUGCCGGACAUUGAGGGAACUCAAACGACUCUGCCAUCCGGAGACCCACCAGCGGGUAUACCGGGCCCUUGCAGGCGAUGCUAGCAAGCUUGACACCUUGGCUGCGACCACGGUGGCAUACCUGACUGCUUGCUAUGCGCUUGGUGUGAGGGACGGUCACGACGACAACAUCAUGCUCAGGGAGGACGGAUCUCUUUUCCGCGUGGACUUCGGCUUCGUCUUUGGGGCAACGCCGGAGAUCGACACUCCACAGACCGUUGUGGCCCGUGCCGUUACCCUCGCUCUUGGAGAACGGUGGAUGGAGGUCGUGGGUGCCUGCGGGGAUUCGCUGACAGCGUUGACCGGCGACAGCUAUGGCAGCCCCCCCGCGCUGGAGUGCUUGAGCAGCGUUCCAGAGAUGGAGCCGUUUCUUCCACUGGCAAGGCUCCACACAGCUUCCUUGAGCCUAGCGGGCUUCUGCCAAGAUGUGUCCUGUGCCGAUCAGUGGUCGUUCUCCCGGGCGGCGAAGAAUACGCUGCGCGAGGCCGUCCAGUUCCUACGCGAUCAGGCGGGGCUAGGCCCCGAGGCUCCUACGAGCCAGGCCAACAACAGCAAAGUUCUGGGAGACCUGGCGGUUUGGAUGGCCCCAGGGGCUGAAGAUGCCGAGCCCGACUUGGAGGCACAUCUGAAUUUUGUGCUCGACUCGGGGGUAGAUCUUUUGGGACUCUACCGGGCAGCUCCGGAGCGGUUUACGGCGGAUGGGAAGCCUCUCAAUCUCCAGGACUUCGGGGAUCUCUUCCUGGGGCCACUGGCAGACUUCGCCGAAGUGGCCCGUGAGGGCCUGGUGAUAGAGGAUUGUAUCGGAUCUUUCUGGGUAUAA